AUGGCCUCCAACUCGAAGAGACUCGUGGAAAACUCCUCCAGGUACACCUUUCGCCCCGGCGAAACGGUGUCCUCCGAACCGGACCUCUCUUUCCCGGCGGCCGGGGAACUCAAUUCAUGGCACGGAACUGUCAUCCUUUCGCCACAAGGUUUUGGUGCCUCACGCAAUCAGAACACUACUGAGGUGAGCACUGCUGAGUCCUGUGAGUGGGGCGCUGAAGGCGCCUUGUUGGGCUUGGUGGAUCCCAAAGGCGGAGUGCAAGUGCUUGAUGCGGCUGAUGGCUACAAACCUUUGUGUCAAGUUCCUGCACUCGUCGGUGGUGUGAGGAAUUUCUACUUCUCGCCGCUGGGGAACCACCUGGUGACCUAUGAGCGAUGGGAGAAGGACGGUGGCAACAAUGUGGGAGUCUGGGAUGCCAAGACAGGCGAAAUGCGGUUCUCCUUCACUCUGAAGAACUACAAUGCAAUGACCUGGCCACCCUUGAAAUGGACUGCCAUGGAGACUCAUUGCUGCCGGAUGGUGCAGGAUGCCGUGCAAAUUAUGCCUGGCAACUGCGACCGUGAGACAGAGAUCUCACGCAUCGAAGCGCCGGGCAUCAUGGCAUUUGAGGUGGCGCCCAAGGGUGCCGGCGCCGGCGGUGCGGGUGCGCCGCAUGUGGCCCUGUGCAUCGCCGAAUGGAAGGGCCAACCGGCACGAUGUCAGGUCUUUCGAUUGGAUGAACCCAAACGAGCCACUGCCACCAAGAACUUCUUCAAGGCGCAGGCCGUGACGAUGUCCUGGAACAACACAGGCACAGCGGUCUUAGUGAAAGCCUCAACGGAGGAGGCCAGCACUGGAAAAAGCUACUAUGGCGAUGCAAGCCUCUACUUCCUUCGUGCAGAUGGAGAAGAGACCUCCCUGGUCGCCUCCGCCGAUGGUGGGCCUUUGCAUGAUGUGCAGUGGAACCCUACGCAGGACGAGUUUGUGAUGCUCCAUGGGCAGCAUCCAUGCUCAGCGGCGCUCUACGAAGGCCGCAAGGCCAGCAAGCGCAUGGACUUCGGCACAGGUCACCGGAAUACCAUCAGGUGGAACAACUUCGGCCGCUUCUUUACCUUGGGUGGUUAUGGCCAACUGAAGGGUGACACCGAUUUCUGGGACAAGCCUGGAAAGAAGUUGAUGGCCUCGACUCGAAUGGAGUGCUGUGUGGUUUGUGGCUGGGCUCCUGAUGGAAGACACUUCCUCACGGCCACCACUGCUCCAAGGAUGAGAGUGGACAACAAGAUCGAGAUCUACGAUUACCUCGGGUCACCGCUGGGAAGAAUCGAAUUUGACGAACUUCUCCUAGCAGGCUGGCGACCCAGACCGAGAGGUGCUUUCCAGGACAGGCCCCCCACACCUGGGCGGACAAGGGAAGAGCCGAAGGCUGCGGCAAAGCCAAAGGCCACGGCCUACAGGCCUCCCGGAGCCCGGGGAGGUGCUUUGGCCGAACAGCUUCGAAAGGAGCUGGGCUCUACAGCGGCGGAUGGGGCGACCACCGCGACCAAGGUGGGCGGGCCUGCGCCGGUACCCAUCCACCUGCCGCCCGGUGCAUCGGCGGCCGACUUCGUGAAGCAGGCCUCCAAUCCUAGCACUUCUUCCCGGAAUGCUCGGAAGAAGAAGGCCAAGGCAGAGGCCAAGGAGGAAGCGCCUCAGGCGGAGCCGGCCAAGCCGGCCAAGUUCAGUCCGCCCCAACGAGGCGAGGCCGAAAAGCCCGCCGAGAAGCCGGAGGAAAAGCCUGCGGCAGGUGAGGGCGAUGAAGUGGAGAAGAAGAUCCGCGCUCUCAGGAAGAAAUUGCGGGAUAUCGAGAAGUUGAAGGAGAAGGCGUCCGCGGGAGGCUCCCUGGAUCCCCUGCAAAAGCAGAAGCUGGACGGCGAAGCAGAGAUCCUCCAGCAGCAACUCGGAUUGGUUGGGCGGUCGCCCGUGAGGUACAACCGGAUUGGGGACAUGGGUGCACAGACCUUGUCCCGCAGCCUCAAGGAACACGGCAUGCAGAUUUUGGACUUGCAGGACAAUGCCAUUUGUCGGCUGGGCGCGGAGAUGCUCUACGCCAACUGCGGGAGGAGGCUGAGGCUCAAGCUGAGCUGCAACUCUGUGCCCUCCUACCAGCUGGUGGAACUAGAGGAACAACUGGAGGCACGGCGCGAGGAAGAGCGACAACUCAAGGAGGCUCAGAUGAAAGCUGGCAAGGGAAAGAAGAACCGACCAGCCUCAGGGCAGAGCAAAACGGCAUUGAGCAAGCCAGGCUCGCAACAGAGCAAAAGCUCGAAGGAGAGCAAGCCUUCGAGCUCUCAGCGGCGAAUGAGCAGGCCAGAUGCAAGAAUUGGCAGGGAAGGCGAAAGAUGGACUCAACUGUUUGUUUUUUUGUUGCAGAGGUUUAAUUUGUGGCCCAAAAGUUCACAAGUUCCGUGGCUUCGCCACUGCUCAAUAUAGAGUCUUUAAGUCUGCAGCCAAAAUGGAACCUCGGUUGAAACUCCAGGCGCAAAAUAAUCUUAAAGCAGGCGGUCAGGGAGACCUUGGCAGUCUGUCGAACAGCGCCAAGCCUGCGUGCUGCUUCCCGCAGGGCAGCCCCUUCUGUACAUUGCUUGUAUGGGAAUUCUAUACAACUGCACCAUGUGUGAGCGAACCACGGAAACCAUCAGAGUUUGGAGAUGUUUUGAGGGGCGAUAUGCAUCCAGGGCAUAUGCAGAUUGGGA